UAGCUGCAGCCCGGCCUGGCACACGGUAGUCACGUUGAAAUUAAUUUUAAAUAAACGCUUGUGCAGGAAGAACAACAAUAAUAAUGUCAGACGAGGAGAAUCUACCAUCCGGAUGGGAGAAAAGAAUGAGCCGCAGUUCAGGCAAGGUGUACUACUUCAACCACAUCACCAAUGCCAGUCAGUGGGAACGUCCGGUGGGAGAUGGCCGUGGAGAACCAGAUAAGGUACGCUGCUCUCACCUCCUGGUGAAGCAUAAUCAGUCACGUCGUCCAUCUUCCUGGCGGGAACAAAAUAUCACAAGAACUAAAGACGAGGCCCUGGAACUAAUUCAGAAGUACAUAGACCAGAUCAAGUCUGGAGAAAAGUUUGAUUAUCUGGCUUCUCAGUUUAGCGACUGCAGCUCAGCUAAGAACGGUGGAGAUCUGGGGCUCUUUGGCAGAGGUCAAAUGCAGAAGCCUUUUGAAGAUGCCUCAUUUGCUCUUAAAGUGGGAGACAUGAGCGGUCCUGUUUUUACUGACUCUGGGGUCCACAUCAUCCUACGCACUGGCUGAAAGGAAGAAGCCACAUGCUGUACUAUCCUCCACACACACACACACACACACACACACACACACACACACACACACACAGUCAGUCCAACUCAACCAGUCCUCUGAUUUAUUUUAACACCCACCACCCAAUAAACAAAGCUUAUGGGCUGAAUCGCAUCAUUUUAAGUGGGAUCAUUUUGUUCCAAGCACAAUUAAACACGUACGAUUAAUUUCAUUACACUGAACAUCAAGGAAAACUGCAGAUUAUUCCUGUAAGACCCUCAAGCUUUUAUUAACUAUGGCAAUGCCAUUAUAUAAACUUAUGAGUGCCUGUGACUCUGUUAAAGUGACUGCCUCGUGGAAACAGUUUCACAUGACGAGUGAAGUUUGAGAAUGCGUCUGUAAAAGCUUGUUUUUGUAUGUGCAUGUCUUCAAAAGGACCAUUUACUGUAUGUUUUCCAUGUGGACGGUAUGUGUGCCAAAGCGAUUCCUCUCUGUAUUUCUGUUUUGCAAAAUAGAUUUUUAAGAUGUUUAAGAUCCGUUCUGGCCAUUGCAGACACGAGAGCUCUCAACAUUUAGCAUUGAUAUAGUUUUUUUUUUUUUUUUUUUUUUGCACCCAUU